AUGUCGGAGCAAACGUCGCCAUCGACAUACCGAACGAUGCUGACUCGCUACAAGGAUUUAAAUGCUGACCAGCAUUUGGCAGGAUCCUUUGAGCUCACAAUCCAUCAUCAAAUGCACAUGUUAGUCAUUGUCAAAGAUCAAGAGAUUCUGCAACAGGUAUCUCUUCUAAACCCUGGUCCUUGUGCUUACUUCUUCAAGAAACAAAUCUAUUUUGAGUCAAGAAGUGCCAACAAAAACUACAGAUUUCGAGUUACUUUGUUUGAUGAAAGCAGCGUGAUGAUGCUCUGCGCUGAACUUGGGCGUUACAUCAAAGUGGAACCAGGAAAGAGUGGGUAUGAAACGCCAAACGAGCAAUCACAAUCCGCCCAACUGUGCACUGUAAAGGACGAAACUCCUCCUCGACGGCUCAAAUCGCAAACAAAUAUUGAAAAGGAAAACGUGGAGUAUGAAACCCUGAACGAGAAAUCACGAUCCACCCAACUGCGCACUGUAAAGGAUGAGGGACUUUCUCGACAGCUCAAAUCACAAACAAAUAUUGAAAAGGAAAACGUGCCUCUGAAUCAACCAAGAAAUGAGGUAGAUGUGUCUCGAUCAGAAAUGCGGGGACCAAACGACGUUGGAAGAGUGUCGGAUGCUUUUAAGCGUUGGAAAAGCGAUUCUCCCCGUGAAUAUCAAUUAGCCAUGGUCUCGUGCGGUGUGGUUCUUCGCUCGUUUCCCAGUUUUUGUCGACUUGAGGAAGAGUUCGGAGAAUCCCUAUUUCCAACCAGUGAUCAACUAGAGGGCGAAGUACCCGUUUGCGUGUCGCUCAAUUCAACGCGGCAUUCUGGAUCUCAACCGGAGGACACCAUUCAAAACCAAAAUAGCGAGCUUGAUGUCACGAUACCAAUUGAUCAAGAAAGCGAUGAGCAAGACCCAUUCAAUGAAACGACAUACUCUGUGUUAACGACAUACUCUGGCUCAUCAGCGGACUUAAAUCCGUUUGGUGAU